UGCCUGAUGAGCGUGAAGGGAUGCUUCACCGAUUUUCACAUUGAUUUCGGAGGCACUUCGGUGUGGUACCACGUUUUCCGGGGAGGAAAGAUCUUUUGGCUGAUUCCUCCCACGUUGCAGAACCUAGAACUCUACGAGGAAUGGGUUGUCUCUGGGAAGCAGAGUGACAUUUUCCUGGGGGACCGCGUGGAGCUGUGCCAAAGAAUCGAACUGAAACAAGGACACACUUUCUUCAUUCCUUCAGGCUGGAUACAUGCGGUUUACACCCCUGUGGAUUCCUUGGUGUUUGGUGGAAAUAUCUUGCAUAGCUUUAAUGUUCCCAUGCAGCUUCGCAUUUAUGAAAUUGAGGACAGAACAAGGGUACAAGCCAAGUUCCGCUACCCGUUUUACUAUGAAAUGUGUUGGUAUGUUUUGGAGAGAUACGUAUUCUGUCUGACGCAGCGCUCUCAUUUCAGCAAGGAGUAUCUACAAGAAUCAAUGUUAAUUGAUACCUCCAGGAAACGUAGCUUGGAUAGUUUCUCGUCCGAUUCCUGGGGAGACAUGGAUGAGGACUCGUGCGAUGUUCGUGCUCAGGAAGACAAGGAUAACAGUCCCGACAAAGUCCCCAAGAUCUUGUCCGACGUCCCCUCUUCUCCUAACAGCACACACUCGGAGGGGAAGGAGACAUUGGGGAAGAAGCCAAAAUCGCGCUUCUUCAAAAGGACUCUGUCCAACGAGUCGGAGGAAAGUAUAAAGUCAGCCACGGUGGACUAUUCGAAAACUCCCACUGGGUCUCCUGCCACGGAGGUGCCCGCCAAGUGGACUCACUUGACCGAAUUUGAGCUGAAAGGUUUGAAGGCCCUGGUGGAAAAACUGGAAUCCCUUCCGGAGAACAAGAAAUGUGUCCCCGAAGGCAUUGGCGAUCCUCAAGCUCUCCUGGAAGAUAUGAAGAACAUCCUGAAGGAACAUGCAGAGGAUGACCAGAAUUUGGCCAUAUCUGGGAUUCCCGUGGUAUCCUGGCCUAAGAAAAACGCAAAG